GCAGUCAUAGCAGUGUUGUGUUCUGCAUUGUCGAUCAAAGAUAUGUUUUUCUAAUAAAUAUCAUUAGAAUUCUGAAAUAACCCCAAACUUUUUGUUGUUGUUUUAGUGUGAAAAUUAUUUAAUUAUGAAAUUGCAGCAGAAAUGGCGGCAUUGUUAAAGAAAAGGGCUCUUGCUGAAUACAGCCAAGUUAUUCAGGAAGAACCAAAACAAGCAAAGAAACUACGACUGGUACAAAAACCUGCUACAACUGAAGUGAAUCUUAAUUUGUCAGCUGCAGUCAGCUCAUAUGACGUGCUGAAUAUAUUGUUGCGAUUUGGCAAUAGUUUACCAAUACCCGGAGAUGUCACUACACCUGUUCUUGCUCAGCUUUUAGACCAUUUUACACAUGAGAAGGAAACAAUUGUACGAUGUAAAAUAGCUGAUCUAAUUGGUGAAAUGACAAAAUUGCCAGGAUGUGAGGUGGCAGAAUUUAUAAAUGGUCUAAUGUCUUUGAUAAAUACAGAGAAAUCACAUAAAGUACAGAGUGGUUUAAUAGCAGCUUUAACUACUGCUGGCAAGAGUUUAGCUAAUAAUGCUGCUGUUAUACAAGAACUUGUUGAGAAAGCAGUACAGAUGUUAAAAAAUUCAAGUCACUUUGUAAGAAGCAAGUGUCUGAUUUUGAUAGGUCAGCUUGGAUCAUCUGACUAUAAAACUGAUUUAGGAAUGGUGUUUAAUGUACAGGAUAUACUGGGUGAUUUUACUCAAGAUCAAGAUCCUAGGGUUCGCUCUAGCUCCUUACAGGCAAUGUUAUCUCUGCAUCAGAGAGGUAUACAGUUAGAUCAGAAAGUAUAUCAACAGGCAUGUAAUUCAUUGGUUGAUGAUCAUGAAGCUGGUCGAAUGGCAGCUGUCAAACUUCUUUGGGUACUCAGUCAUCUCUAUCCUGAAGUACCAGUAAGUGGACCAGAAGCUGGUGAAGAAAUAAGAAUGGUGGAUGAUGGUUUUGCUAAGAUAUGUAAUAUGAUGAAUGAUAUAUCUGUUAAAGUUAGAACAGAAGCAGCUUCUUUACUGGGUUCUCUGCAUCUUGUCAGUUCACGAUUUUUAGAACAGACACUUGAUAAAAAGUUGAUGUCCAAUAUGAGGAGAAAGAAAAGUGCAAGUGAUAGAGCCCGCGACCAUUUUCAAUCUGGUGAAUGGUCGACUGGUCAAAAAUGGGCAGACGACAAACCCAAAGAAGAAAUAGAUGCUGAAAGUAUUAAUUUAAUGAAUAUUGGAGCAUGUGGUGCUUUUAUACAUGGUUUAGAAGAUGAAUUCCUGGAAGUGAGAAAUGCAGCUUUAGAUUCAUUAUGUGAAUUAGCAGCCCAGUCAGCACAAUUCUCUACUCUAUCCCAGGAUAGUAUAAUAGAUAUGUUUAAUGAUGAAAUCGAAAGUAUCAGAUUGAAUGCUAUUAAUAGUUUACGUAAAAUAAGUCAUAAUAUAGUAUUACGUGAAGAUCAACUAGAGAUUAUACUGGGAGUUUUACAGGAUUAUUCUCCCAUUGUAAGAGAAACAGCUCAUGCCAUGUUAGGAGAUAUUAAAUUGGCUACAAAAGAAUGUCUCAAUUCCUGUGUCAUGGCUUUAUUAGAUAAUUUACAAAGAUACCCACAAGAUAAAGCUAAUGUAUGGAGAUGCGGCCAGAAUUUAGGAUCUAAUCAUCCCCAUUUAACAUUAACAUUGGUACCAGAUUUAUUAUGUAUACAUCCAUACUUUAAUACACCUGUACCUGACAUGGAUGAUCCAGCUUAUAUAACAGUUUUGAUUUUAGUAUUUAAUGGUGCUGUAAAAUGUCCAACCAUGCUACCAUUAUUUCAAGAACAUACUCUCAGACAUUAUACAUAUUUACGUGGCAGUUUACCUGAACAUGUUCCUGUAUUAAAGUUAUACCAGCAUGAAGAAAUAAACGUAGAUGGUUGUAAAGAUAAUUUAUCCAGUCUUCUUACACAGUGUGUAUCACAGCUGGAUAAUCUAGAUCGUCUUGACUCACAGUCGACACAACAACUAUUAGAAGCUACAGUCAGAGAUUUGGAUCAAAUGAAGAAGUUAGACAAGUCUACGUCACAUGUAGCUGAAUGUACCAGUAUGUUUUUACAUACACAAUUACUUAUAACCAAGUUAAUGAGUGAGAUUAAAAGAACGAGUGGUAAAAUGACUUUAUCAGCUAAUGUUAUAGCUCCAUUAGAUAAGGUUUUAAAGUUAACAACAACUUUACAGACAUUAUUUCUGGGUAUUGGUAAUAAAGAAUUAGUAUUAAUAAGACAGACAGAGUUACAGGCCUUGACUUUACAAUUACAAUCUGUUAUAACCCAUGGUUCGUUAGCUGAACAACUUCGUACAGCAGAAACUUACAUUAAUUAUCUUCAACACUUACAAAAGUUUUUAGAAUCAUGUAAUGUAAUGCCUGAUGAAUUUACCUCACAUCUUAUAGCACCAUUGGGUAAUCUUGAACCUUCCAAACUCAACAUUAUAAGACAUGUUACUCAAACAUCACUAGAGUUAAUCAGUCCAACCAGUUUUCCUAUCAAUAAACAAGUUCGUAAAGCUACUGUCACCAUACACGAACCUGUCACCUGUCUCGACAGUUCUGUUAAGUUUUCAGCUGGAUUGACAGCAGGAAUACCUUUUGAUGCUACAAUAGAAAAUGUAGAAAAUUCCAGAGAUGUUUUAAUACAGGUUAAAUAUCCUGAUCAACAACAACAAUUAAUUAUACCUUGUUUAUCUCACUGGAGAAAAUUAUCACCUCUUAGACACAGACUAACAACACAAGUUAUAUUAUCACAUGCUCUCUGGUCUGAAUCUUGCCCAGUUGAAAUUAGUCUUGUGAUGAAAGUGGCAGCUAUUCCAGGCAGAAAAACACAGAAAAGACCUGAACACAUAGAACUUUGUAAACCUGUAGAAAUACUAGUGCUAACAAAACCAUCUAAAAGAGCUUGAUUCCAAACGACAUUGUGCUUAAAAAAUUAUAAAAAUUGUAUCAUUUGUAUAUAAAUGUAAAUAUUAUAUGCUUUUCCUGUAUUUAAUAAAGGGAGAAAACAAAA